AUGUCAGUCUUCAGCCGGCCGUCAGAGACAACCCAAGACCAGUCCUCUGCUGCAGGCCAAGCCACGAGCACAGCCCCACAGCCCGUAAAGGCCACAGUUGUGACACCUCCCAUCAAGUCCAAGGGCCUGAAUACAUCCAAUGUACGUCGGAUGCGCCGGAUCAUCGCCGAGGACGCCGAGUGGUCACUGGCCAUCGUGCCCCUGCUCUCAGAGCUCUGCAUUCAGCACAUCGUCAAGAACUUCCAGAACAACCCUAUCCUGACACAGCUGCUCCCCGAGGAUCAGCGGAAGGUCCUGGACCACCUGUCUCCAGACCUGCCGCUAACCGUGACCGCCAACCUGAUCGAGAAUGAGAACUACUGGCGCCGCUGCUGCACGCAGCGCUGGCCAGUGUGCCACGUGGCCCGGCACGGCGGCAGCUGGAAGCGCAUGUUCUUCGAGCGGCACCUAGAGAACCUGCUAAAGCAAUUCAUUCCGGGCACCACAGACCCCGCGGUCAUCCUCGACUUGCUGCCACUCUGCAGGAACUACGUGCGCAGGAUACAAGUGGAUCAGUUUCUUCCGCCGAUUCGGCUUCCACCCCCGCCCCGGGACGGGGACCAGUCGGACUCCGGUAGCGAGGGAGAGAUGGAGGAGUCCUCCACCGACCAUUACCAGCUGCGUGACCUGGUGGCUGGCCUGAAACACCUGGAGGAACUAGACCUGGUGUACGGUGUCAAGGACUGUGGCAUGAACUUCGAAUGGAAUCUCUUCCUCUUCACCUACCGCGACUGCCACUCCCUGGCGGCCACCAUCAAGGCAUGCCACACCCUCAAGGUCUUCAGGCUGACCCGAAGCAGGAUGGACGACGACAAGGCACGCAUCCUGAUGCGCAGCCUUCUGGACCACCCAGCCCUCGAGGAGCUUGACCUGUCACACAACCUCAUUGGAGACCGUGGCGUGCGCGCCGCUGCCAAGCUGCUGAGCCACAGCCGCCUGCGUGUACUCAAUCUGGCCAACAACCAGGUGCGUGCACCAGGUGCCCAGUCCCUGGCUCACGCCCUGGCACACAACACCAACCUCGUUAGCCUCAACCUACGCCUCAACUGCAUUGAGGAUGAGGGCGGCCAGGCCCUGGCCCAUGCCCUGCAGACCAACAAGUGCCUCACCACCCUCCACCUCGGUGGGAAUGAGCUGUCGGAGCCCACUGCCACACUCCUCUCCCAGGUGCUCUCCGUCAACACUGUGCUCACCAGCAUCAAUCUGUCCUGCAACCACAUCGGCCUGGACGGUGGGAAGCAGCUCCUGGAAGGGAUGUCAGACAACAAGACGCUCCUGGAGUUUGACCUGCGCCUAUCAGAUGUGGCCCAGGAGAGUGAGUACCUCAUCGGCCAGGCCCUCCAAGCCAACCGCGAAGCAGCCCGCCAGCGGGCUCUGAAUCCCAGCCACUCCAUGUCACCUACCACCAGUGGCCCCGAGAACUCCGCAGGAUGA